AAUUCUACCACAAAAGCUGUUUUGCAUAUGAACCGGUUAAAUGAAUUGCUCAAAUCCAGUUUGUUCACAAAGCUGCAGUUGGAUUAUGCCGAUAAACACAGUGUCGUGUCGCCAGUCUUGCGGACUUCAGAAUCCAUCGAAAGGACUACGUCUCCUCGGCUACAAACGUUGGCUUCCUCCAUGUCUGCUGCGGCAGUGGAAGUGCGUCAAAAGGCUGUCACUUUGACUCAGAGGGCUUUGUUCACUCGCAGCGCGGAUGUCUCGACUGUGUCAUCACAGUCGCCUCCUUUCACACGAAUAUCCGCCUCAAUUAACUUCCCUGCUGUUCCCGCUGUACCUGAUGCCGCUGCACUUGAGCACUUGGUCGAAACCGGUGUAGAAGUCGAUGAGGCGAACCAGUAACCUAUGCUUUCUAUUGUUUGACCUAUGAUUUAUGACACUUAUGUGCAGUUUUGCAGACUUUCUUCUUAAGUACCAGCGCUGUGUUUGACAACUUUCACUAUUUGUCCGAAGUCUGUGAUCAGCUUCGAUGCACUGAGGCGUUUCCACCUCUCUGCAUAAUGUUAUAUUACAUAUUCUGUUGAUCUUAUUCCCCUCUAUCCUCGUUCCCCGUGGGCUCCAUACACGUUUUUUCCGUGAUCCAUUUCGGCGUUCUUUAUUUUUAGUGUGUUUUAAGCAGGUUGCAUUUACUACAUAUUAACAAAACAUUUCUUCCUUCUAAAUGCUUGUUCUUGGUGCUUAUCAUUCAUCCAUUGAUGCUCGUGAGCGCUUCCUUUUCUUUACCCGUGACGAACUAACAACGAGAUGCGGGCACCUUUGUCUAUGCAUGCGGUAAUUUUAGUCUGCGCCUUGUCCUCACUAGGCGGCUCAUUUUGAUCGAGAUUGAUGAGCCCGUUAAAAGUUUCAGGAAGCAGUGAUCAUUUCUUCGUUUGUUUGAAUAACACCGUUCACACUGCGACCUGUUGUACUCUGUCAUCGACCACUUUGCUUUUUACUCACCAUAUCUUUGGGAAACUGGCGCCUCGAAAAGCCACAUGACUUUUUGCAGUACACAUGAUAACGUCUUCGGCGGCAUGUGCAUUAGGGAUAACAUGCUUAUCUAGCUAAAUAAAC